CCCCCUCCUCCCCGCACUUUCUCCGGCUCUCCCUCCCUCCCUCUCGGCUCUCACCGCCGGACUCCGCGCUCUUCUCGCUGGCCGCCGAGGGAGUCGCCGGCCGCCACCGCCCAGCCUGUACCUGCCGCCCCCCCGCCCAGGGCUUGGGCACCUGUUGGAGGCACAGACACAGCCAAGGGUGCUGCAUGAGGGGCCGCAGGGGCGACCGCAUGACCAUCAACAUCCAGGAGCACAUGGCCAUCAACGUGUGUCCUGGGCCCAUCCGGCCCAUCCGGCAGAUCUCUGACUACUUUCCCCGCCGGGGACCAGGACCUGAAGGCGGGGGCAGGGAUUUCAGGGAGGCCCCUGCCCGCCUGGCACCCCUGGCCCUGGCCCCGCCUGCAGCCCUCCUUGGGGCCACCACGCCCGAGGAUGGAGCGGAGGUGGACAGCUAUGACUCGGAUGAUACCACCGCCCUGGGCAUGCUGGAGUUUGACCUUCUCUACGACCAGGCCUCCUGCACUCUGCACUGCAGUAUCCUCAGGGCCAAGGGCCUCAAGCCCAUGGAUUUCAAUGGCCUGGCCGACCCCUAUGUCAAGCUACACCUGCUGCCUGGGGCCUGCAAGGCCAAUAAGCUAAAAACUAAGACUCAGAGGAACACGCUGAAUCCCGUGUGGAAUGAGGAUCUGACGUACAGUGGGAUCACGGAUGAGGACAUCACCCACAAGGUGCUCAGGUGA